UUCCGGGUUGGGCGCUUCCCCACGCGAAGAGGUGGAGCCAAAAUGGCGGCCAAGCAGGUCACCAAAUGGGCAGCUCUUCCCACAGUCCUAGCAUGGACUUCUACUCAUGCACUUGACGCAGCCGAAGGAGAACAGAAAUCUCGCCAGAUUAGAGCACAUCAGCUUCCCAUUUACAGCGCCCCACCUCUGGAAUCACGUUACGUUGACGAAAAACCCGGCCGGCUGCAAACCAGGAUUUCAUCCGUAAGAAAGACAACAAGUCAUUACCUAAAGAACUGCAAGGAUGCUUACCUCUUCGUCAAAAGUGGAGUCACGACUUCCCUCCAGUUUGGAAAAGAUGCGUAUGUUUACCUGAAGAAUCCUCCCCCAGAAUUUCUCCCUAAAGUUGGUGUGAUCACAGUUUCAGGAUUGACCGGAAUAGUCCUAGCCAGAAAAGGAUCUCGAUUCAAGAAAAUCGCGUAUCCCUUGUGCCUUGGCUCACUAGGUAUAUCUCUUUGCUACCCAGCACAGUCGGUGAUUGUUGCUAAGGUUACAGGUAGCAAAGUUUAUGCUGCGACUCAUAAAAUGUAUACAACUGUAGGAUCACUCUGGACCAAAAAAUCUUCCACAGAAGUUGCCCAGGAAAAAGAUACUGAGGAAGCUUCACGAGUCAGUCAUAGCCUCCCAAAAGCUCAGGAGGCCUCAGUAGAAUCGGAGGACAAGGCAGAAAGAUCAGAGGAACCGACCCAGAGAGAGAGGCCAGAUGUGCACCAAGAUUAUGAGACUUCGAUGGGCGAAACGAAGGCGCCAAAUGUCAGAACAGAUGUAUUGAAGGCGCCCAAGUUUAAAGCAGAUGCAAGCCUCAUGGACUAUGGGCAGGCCAGCCCGGAAGAUGCAGAUCUGUAUAGUAAAAGAAGCUAAUACCCUCCAGUUUUUCUCAUGGGACUUUAAAAACAGGUUGGAAGCCCUGUGCUAUUUGCUCACGGUCUGCAUGGUGAUAACGGAGUCAGGUAGCUUCUUAACUCUUGUUCUCUUGCCAAUUUUCUCGUGCAAUCCUUAAAAUCUUUUUUCUA